AUGCAACUCCUCACUGUAGUCGGCGCCAUCGCCGUACUAUCCAACGUCGUCUCGGCGAUUCCUCAACCUAACGAGAAAGUUGAGAACAUCCAAGAAAAACGAUGGAACUGGCCAUGGGAAUCCCAUUCGGGAAAAGGUGGACAUGAAUGGGGUGAUGAUGAUGAUGACGACUACGAUGAUGAUGAUAAUGCGGCGUCUUCGUCUCAAUCGCUCUUGCCAUUUACACAUCCGCAUCUGAGGGCUGAGGAUAGGAGCAUGAGUAGUGGGAUCUCUAGGAUCUCUAUGACUACGCUGCUUUCGACCAGUUCCAGUUCUUUGAUCGAUGUCUCUACUGCUACGGAUCUAUGGAAUUCGCUUUCGACAAGUUUGGGUCUCGCAAAUAGUGUUUCGGUUACAAUUUCGACUGUCACAUAUCCAAUCCUAUCAGCAACAUCCGUCGUCAUAAACACAUCACCAACUUCCACUUCCACUGCCCUCGGACUCUCCAUCUCAGGCGCCCCAUUCUCACAACCCUCUAUCAUCAACAACAUCUCCGACCCCGCCUCCCUCUCCCUCCCCCUCUCCCUCUCAACCACAACCUCAACCCUAAUCAAUAUCCUCCCCCCACCCCAAUCCACCCCCUUAACACUAACACUCUGCCCCGCAAACCCCACCAGCAUCGUCACCAUAACCGAAAAUUGCACCCGCACCGAAUGGAUUACCGUUAUCGCAAGUGAGGCGUGGACUACCACUCCUUUAUCUACUUUUUCCCCCACGACUACCAUGCCUACACCAUCAUCUUCUAUUUCCGGUGUACCACCUUCGGGAUUCCCUUCAUCGAAUAAUGCUAAUUCGACGGGUCUAUGGACCGCGACGCCGAGUACGAGUGUGAGUACUAGUGCAAGUGCAAGUAGAGGAUGGACUACGAGUGUUCAGUAUAAUACUAGUUCCUCGUUAGCAGUGGGAACGGGCACGGGGGUACUGGGUAGUGUUUCGAUUUCAAUUUUUAGCUCGAGCUCGAGCACUUUUGUCUCGAGCUCUUCUACGGCUACGGAUAGUCUUACAUAUUCAUCUUCUUCUGUUUCUUCAACCCUGACUUUUGAAUCGUCAUCAUCAUCGUCAUCAUCAUCUUCAAGUUUCUCAUCAACAUCAUCCUCAAUCCCAGCAUCCUCAUCCUCAUCCUCAUCCUCAUCCUCAACCUCAACCCAAGAAUCCACCUCCACCACCCUCCUCUUCUCAACCACCACACUCCCCUACUCCUCUCCCACACUAUCCUCCUCUCCCCCACCAUCCUCCUCCUCCACCACCUCCUCCUCCCCCCUCAUCUCCGCAACCCCCAUCUCAACCGGCACCACCGAUCUCCACCCCAGCACCACCGUCCUAUUCACCACCACCGUCACCACCAUCCAAGUAAGCGGAACCCCCAACCCCGCAGCCGUCCAUUGUGGACUCCACGGAUUACCUGUUGGGGAUUAUUUUCUGGCCGAGUUUGUCGAGGAUAAGUCGGGUGUGCCGGUUAGUUUGAGGGGGUGUUGGGAGUUUUGUCGGGGCGUAUAUGGAAUAGAUAAAGGAUGUGUAGCCUAUUCAUACUACCCAGAACCAGGAACAGGCGCUCCCAGAUGCGAUCUUUUUGGGGGAAGUGUGGCGCAGAGUUUGGAUAGUAUUAUUCCGCAGGUGCCGAAUGUUUGGUUUGAUUUGGAGUGUGGGCAUCCGAGGUUGAUUGUCGUUUGA